AUGAAGACAUUUUUGGUACUUAUCACCGUUGGAGCGCUGGUGGGAGCUGUGUUGGCAGUCAGUGAGGAAUUGCUCCGUCGUCCAGGAGGUGGUGGUGGAGGUAGCCACAGACCCCAACCAACUCCAACUUCAACGAAAACUCCAGACAGCAUUGAGGACGAUGCAUCCAACGAAGAUGCGAACAAGAAUGUCUGCGAUGGUUUACUGAUUGGCAUACUGGAGCAUCCGAGCAGUUGCUUCAAGUACAUCAGCUGCUACAAGGAGGUGGCCACCGAGGAAACAUGUCCCCCGGACACAAUCUUCGAUUUGGACGAGAUCACCUGUGUGCCGGGAAAUCAGCGUACGUGUCGGAAGGAGGGCGACGAGGUACCCCUGCCCGGGGACAUGUGUCGCGGCAUUGUGCUGGGAACGAUGGUACAUCCGGAGGACUGCAAUAAGUACGUCAGUUGCCUGCUGGGACGAGCCCGUGAGCGUUCCUGUCGCCGUGGGUUCGUGUUCUCCGAGCGCCUGUUCGUGUGUCUCCCGGGGGAUCUGAACUCCUGCACCGUAACACUGUUACCGACGACGACCACGAUUGCGCCGGAAGAAAUUCGCCCACUACCCAGUGACAUCUGCCGCACGAACAAUGUGGCGUUUGGUGUGCUACCGCACCCGCAGUUCUGCACGCGGUACGUUACCUGCACGCUGUGGAUAGCUGGGGAACGCGAGUGUGGCCGAUUCCAGGUGUUCAGUGAGCGAUUUUCCAUGUGCAUGAUCGGUGAUGUGAAUCGCUGUCGGCCAAUUCUUGGACGAGACGCAGAGUUGGAGGUAGUUUAG